GUGUGACGAGCGAUGUGGCGCGCGCUGCGCCGGGCCGGGAGCGCGGCCCCUCGGAGCGGCCCCGGCGUGAGGGGAGAGCGGCGGGCGCCGAGCGCACGGACAGCGAGUAGAACGUGUGCUACCAUCAGGAUGCCUGAAGUAAACACAGAUCACCUGGAUGAGCAGCAGGUGCAGCUCUUGGCAGAGAUGUGCAUCCUUAUUGAUGAAAAUGACAAUAAGAUUGGAGCAGAGACCAAGAAAAACUGUCACUUGAAUGAAAACAUUGACAAAGGUUUACUGCACCGAGCUUUCAGUGUUUUCUUAUUUAAUACCGAAAAUAAACUGCUGCUGCAGCAGAGGUCAAAUGCAAAAAUUACAUUUCCAGAUUGUUUUACCAACACUUGCUGCAGUCACCCUCUAAGCCAUCCACAAGAACUUGAAGAAAAUGAUGCCAUUGGUGUUCGGAGAGCAGCACAGAGACGACUGAAAGCAGAAUUGGGAAUUCCCAUGGAGCAGGUACCUCCAGAAGAAAUCUCCUACCUGACACGAAUUCACUACAAGGCCAAAUCUGAUGGCAUCUGGGGAGAACAUGAGAUAGACUAUAUCUUAUUUGUGCAGAAGGAUGUGACACUGAAUCCUGAUCCCAACGAGAUCCAAAGCUACUGCUAUGUGACACAGAAAGAACUGAAACAGCUCUUGGACAAAGCUGCCAGGAAUGAAGUUAAGAUUACUCCAUGGUUCAAGCUGAUAGCAGAGACCUUUCUUUUUAAGUGGUGGGAUAACUUGAAUAACUUGAAAAAAUUUGUUGAGCAUGAAAAAAUACACCGAAUGUAAAUAGCUGGCAUAAAAGGUGCUGAAGGCUAGCAGUGAUGUGUUGUCUCAUUAACACUGAUAAAUCAUGAUGUACAUGCAGAGACUUGGUCCACAUGGAGCAUGUUUAAUUUAUAGAUGUCAUAGCCAGUGUUUUUCCUUCUGUCUUUGUCACCUCUUCCCCCUCAUCCUUGGUUCUCUUGGGCCUGUUAAGAUCUCAUGUGAAAUGGGUAACAGUAGCAUGAAACCCCUGGGUUCCUCUUCCUCCAUUGCUAGUGAAAGAUCCUCAGCCCUUGUGUGCCCUGCACACCUGGGAGGGAGCCCAGGCACCUCCUGCCCAGCUCAGGCAGGAGGACUGGGGUGUUCCCACUGAGCUUAACCACGCCUUAAACAGUGAUUACACAUGACUGUGGGCUCUGCUGUGAUGUUGAGAAGACCAAUUGCCAGAAGAAAAAAACAAUUCAAAGUAAUCAGGAUUAUUUUUAAUUGCAGAAAGCAAAUCUCUUCAGCUACUGUACUCUAUAAUUAACCAAACCCAUAAAAGCUUAAGUAAUUGGAUUGCCUGUGUGGAGUAAGUUUGAUUUUGAAGUGCUGACAUAUGUGUUAAAGCUUUAGAUAAUAAACAGUGUUUGGGUUUUUUUCCCCCACCAGGCUUUUCUGAUUAGUUGAUGGUUGAAUACUGGACAUCUCAAAUUAAAAAAAAAAAAAAAAGUUAAUUACAGCAAAUGUAAAUGGUACCUGUCUAAUGUCAGUAGUCUGUCUUUGGAGACAGGAUGUGCACUAAAUGGCUCUUCUCCAUUUUCCAGGAAACAAGGCAUCUUGAUACAAGAGCUUUUCUUUUCCUGUAAUAGUCAUUCCCAGACAACUCAAACCCACUGAACCCCAAAAUUCAAGACUGACAGUUUGUGAGCUAACUCUCGGUCUUGAUGUCAGUUAAUUAGAAAUUACCAGAGCUAAUCCUUUUUGAUCUUGCAGUCAAUCAGUUACUAGUAACUUAGGAGGCUUUUUUCAAUAACACAAAUACUCAAGGGUGCUUCAAUUUUAAUUAUGGAUGGGGGGGAUGGAGGGUCCUCAAAAAAGUUUGUGCUUUCUUCUGUUAGCACACUACUCAAACUAGUUUUUAAGUUCUCCCAGAGCCUGAUGAAAUAGGAUGUUUGUCAUACCACUUAUCAUUACAAGUAAACAUGGUUGUAAGGAUUCUGUCUGGAUUCAGGGCAAAACUAACUUUUUCCGUGGUCAAAGUUUUUCUUUCUCAUCCAUGUUGUGACUGCAGCACUGAAGCUUCCUUGUACCAGCACCUCCAGUAGUUCAACACUUUGAGGUUUUAGAGCCAAGUUUGUGGUGUAUUGGCCAGAGCUGCUGUAUUGUUUCAAAGCAAAUAAUAUCAGGUGAGGGAACAGUGAUGUGAUGUAGCAGCUUGCUUGAAUUCUGUGCAAUUAGCCAUGAUAGCCAGCUGUAGGCAAUGGAGAAGUUCUCAAAUACUUCUUAAAUCUAACUUUAUAAUUAAAACACCUUGCCUAAA